CUGCAGCGAGAGAAGAUGUCUUCUUCCUGUGAGCGGGAAUUUCGAGAGCGGUCCCUGAAGAUGAUGAAUGAGCUGGAGCCUGGAGAUGAGGAGCUGAGCCGCCUGAAGGAGGAGAAUGAGAGGCUCCGCUCCCUGACCUUCAGCCUGGCGGAGAAGGACAUUCUGGAGCAGAACCUGGAUGAGGCCCUGGAGAGCAGGCAGGAGCUGGUGAACCGCAUCCACUCUCUGAGGGAGCGGGCCAUGGCCGCUGAGAGACAGCGAAAGCAGUACUGGGAAGAGAAGGAGCAGACCCUGCUCCAGUUCCAGAAAACCAAGGUGGACUGCGAAAUGUACAAGGAGAAGAUGAACGUCCUGCAGAGCCAAGUGGUCGAGCUGCAGAAGGAGCGGGACCAGGCCUACUCAGCAAGGGAUGGAUCCCAGAUGGAGAUUUCUUAGAACCUGGCACAGAAGGACGCACUCCGCAGGAAGGUGUUUGAGCUGACAGACCAGGUCUGCGAACUGCGCCAGCAGGUCCAGCGGCUACAAGUGCAGGCCGAGUCGCUGCCAGGGGUGAGCUCUCAGGAGGCGGGAGCCAGGGAGCCGUGUCUGAAGAGGAAGCAGCGGCUGGUGCGCAUGUUUUCCCUCUGCCCGUGGGACGACAGUGACGGCAGCUCCUCUGAGUCUCAGCUCUGGUCUGACCUGAGCGCCACGUCCAGCCGAGAGCUGGUGGAUAGCUUCCACUCCAGCAGCCCUGUGCCUCCCAGCCAGCAGUCCCUGUACAAGCGGGCCACAGAGGACUACUGGGAAGACCCCUCGUCUUUCAGUGGCUGCCCCAAAACCCUGGAGGUGGACCAGGGAGGCUCCCUGGGUGCUAAGAAGGGCGAUGCAGAUUUGGAUUACGAGAUUGUAGACAGGGCAGACCUCCCUGAGUCCGAGAACAUCCUGCAGCUGUCCUCUGGGGGCCUCCACCUCGCCGCCAGUGUCCCGGUGAGGCGGAGGCUAGCCCGCAAGAUCCUGAGCCAGGUCACGGUGCUGGCCUUCCAGGGGGAUGCGCUGCUGGAGCAGAUAAGCGUUAUUGGCGGGAACCUCACAGGCAUCUACAUUCAUCGGGUCACCCCGGGCUCCGCAGCAGACGAGAUGGCCUUGUGCCCCGGCACCCAGAUUGUGAUGGUGGAUUACAAGGCAACAGAGCCCUUGAACAAGGCUGUCCUGGAGGGCAUGACCCUGGAUCGGGCCAUCAGACUUCUUCAGAGGGUGAACGGCUUCUGCUGUCUGUCUGUGAAGGUCAACAUGGAGGGUUAUAAGAAGCUGGUCCAGGACCUAAAGGUCAAAGUGGCCACGUCAGGGGACUCCUUCUACAUCUGGGUCAACCUUGCCCUGGAGAGGCGGGCAGAGGGAGAGCUACAGGUGCACUGCAACGACAUCCUGCACGUCACAGACACCCUGUUCCAGGGUGGCAGCUGCUGGCAUGCCCACCGUGUUGGCCCCUACAGCACCAAGGGCACUGAACAGGGCACCAUCCCCAACUAUGCACAGGCUCAGCAGCUGCUCAUCGCCCUCAUCCAGGACAUGGCUCAUCAGAGCACCAUGGCCCACAAGCAGCCUUCUGGGGGAGCCCAGAAGCUGGUCCACAUCGUCGGUAUGGACAGAACCAAGGCCAGCCCUCUGUGGUCAUCCUUUGAUGGGGGCCAGUUGGACCCAAGCCAGGUAGAAGGUGAGGCAGACCCCUCCACUGUGUGCUUCUGGGCCGAAAGCUACUUCACCCUGGUGCCCUACACCCUGGUGCACAGCCACAGGCCCAGCCGGCCCCGGCCAGUGCUCUUCGUGCCCAGGGUGGUCGGGAAGAUCCUGAUGGAGAAGCUGUGCCUCUUCCAAGGGUAUAAGAAGUGCCCAGCAGCAUACCUGAGCCAGGAGAAGUAUGAUGCCUCCAGCCAGAGAGGGAACAUCAUCCAGGAGAGGGAGGCACCUGGUGGUCGCUACUGUGUCACCUGCAGAGCAGUCGAGUCCCUCAUGGGAAAGAACACCCACGCCCUCCUGGAUGUCCAGCUGGACAGUGUCCGCGUCCUGCACAAGAUGGAGAUCUUCCCCAUCAUUAUCCACAUCUCCAUCAAUGAGAAGGUGGCAAAGAAAUUCAAGAAGGCUCUGCAGCAGCUCGGCACCGCAGAGAACCAGCUCCUGGAGGCUGCCAGGCAAGAGGAGGGUGAGCUGGAUGAAGUGCCCUGUCUGUACAGCAGCCUGGCCCCCGACAGCUGGAGCGACCUGCAUGCCCUGCUCGGCUGUGUCCGCCUGGCCAUUGCAGAUGAGCAGAAGAAGGUUGUGUGGACAGAGUAGAGGCCUUGCUGAUGGCCCCUGUGUCAUAAACAAAUUCAGAAAAUGAACUUGGUAUAUUUUACUAAAAUAAAAAGCUUUUACAACG